ACUGAGUGCUGUCGAUCACGUCGAUCGUUUACUUGCACCGAUUCACUGGAAAGGUAUUCCAUCCAAUUUCAUGCUUGUAUCCAACUUUUUCCUUCGACAAGCUCCAGUCUUCGCCACCAUACAAAGACGAAUAUCUACACCCUAUUUCUCGAGACUCAUGUCUACGACGUCCGACUCGCCGUCAGGUUCAAAAACUUACAAAUUCAUGGUAUGGGCCCCCGACUAUACCGACCAAGAAGCCCUCAGUCGUCGUCUUUCCGUCAGAUCACGACAUUUAGAAGGUGCUAGAAACCUUAUCGGUCAGGGAAUAAUAAAAGUUGCCGGUGGUUUGCUCACUCCUGAAUCGCUUGAAGCUGAAGCGGCAAACCAAAAGUUGGUCGGAUCAGCAUUGAUAUACGAGGCUGAAAGUCUCGCUGCUGCACGGAAGCUUGUGGAGGAGGACAUUUAUUACAAGUCAAACGUGUGGGACAAGGAGAAAUUGGUCAUUUUGCCGAUCAAUAUGGCCACGCCAUUACCUUGAUGUUAGCCGUCUAUCAUCUGUGCAAGAUCUACAAUGUAUAGUUAUCACAACGCCUCAAUUUAAUU